AUGAGCCACUCACGCUAUCAUAAAAGUCUUUAUGAUGCCGAAACUCCUGAGACCAUGUGCCCUCGUCCAACGCUGCCAUCUUUGCGCUCACAAGUGGGGGAGUACCUUCCCGAGUCAUCAACUUCAUCUCAUCCUGAUUUUCACCACUCGUAUUACCACCACAACACCGGGAGACCCUCCGAAUCAGGGUCGAGAAGGCUAUCGAUCUCAUCCUCUUCCUUAACCUCAGCAAGUGCCCACAGGUCUUCCAUGAUAAGAACUCCUUCAACGGAUGGUCGUCGUUAUGGGUCCUCUGCUACAAUCAAUGCGCAUCCGACUCUCUUGCCAUCGUCUCCCGGGAAUGCGUCGGCUGGGAUGAACACCCGGCACCCUUCCAUCAGUACCAGUACGCAUGUUCCUCCUGUGACGGCAACUAGAUCUACCGUGUCAGUUGCCUGCACAAAUUGCCGCUCAGCUCACCUGGCCUGCUCAGACGGUCGUCCAUGUCGCCGUUGCUUGCAAACGGGCCGGGCCGCAACAUGCAUUGAUGUAGAGCCAAAAAAACGUGGUCGACCUCGCGCUUCUGACAUAACAGCGGUUGGUGUAACAUCCAUGAUGCAGGAGUUAUCGACCGAUGGCCCAAAUGGUCCUCAUAACGAAUCCGAGGAUCUUGUUAUUAUCAUGAGCACAUCUUUGAGGUGUGCGCGCCUUACUUCAUCACUGGUACAAACCCUAGGGCAUCCAUUGAAGACUGUGCUUGAGCAACCCUUCUCAAGCUUUAUCCAUCCUGAUGAGAAACAGGAGUAUGCAAGGUUCUCGAUCGGACUUCUGACAUAUCCAGGUGUGACUAGUCGUCCUGUACCUGUGUCUGCUACUCGACUCCAUCAAGUUUCUAUGCUAGAGUUGACAGGUCGACUCUCAGGGGCUGCAGUGCACACCCACAUUUUCCGCUUGCGAGGUGCAAACAACAAAUGGAUACCCUUCAAAUUUGAAGCAUACCUUGGCUCUGCUUUUGGCGCACAUCCUUCAGAUCCAGAAAGUCUUCGGCAUACAUACGUGGUUCUUAGACUUUCCCCCGUUGGGCGUAUGUCCAGGAAUGAUAUUCGAAGCCCCUCCUCGAGCAAUUCCUCAUCCCACAGCAUGACUGAUUCAAGACGAGAGGGAUCUGUUGGGAUGAGCUAUUACGGGCAAGGAUCCAGCAGUUCCCGUUCCACCUCUCGCGCGCGUGAUCAUCCGGGUAAUCGACAAUCGUUUGGCGGAUAUUACGACCCUGCGUAUGACAACUGUCGACCACCUUCCCGAUCUGGUUUGUUCUGA